CAGUGUAUAUUAAGAAGAUGGACACUGACGAUGAUGUUAGUACCCUAGAGGAGGAGGAGGAAGAGGUAUCCCUGCUGUGCCAGGAUGAGGAGGCAAAGAAGCUAUCCCUUUUGAGUCGAGAGAAGGAAGAAGAGGUAUCCUUGCUGUGCCGAGACAAGGAGGUGAAAAAGAAGGUAUCCCUUUUGAGUCUAGAGAAGGAAGAUGAGGUAUCCCUUUUGUGUCGAAAAGAUGAGGAGAAGGUAUCCCUUCCAUAUCGGGAGAAGGAAGAAGAGGUAUCCCUGCUGCAUCGAGAGAGAAAGGGGAAUAUAUCCCUUCUGCACCGCGAGGACGACCAGCAAGAGGUAUCCCUGGUGUGUCAUUCCAAGCCUAACUGUGAUCCGGCACUCUCUCGUCGGUGCCACUCUCCGGCACCGUCGUGUCCCUCUCCCUGCUGUUGCAACUCUCAGCAAUCAUCACACCUUCCUGCUCACUCAUCAACUUCCUCUCUUGAUGAUCUUCUCUCCUCUGACAAUGAAGCACAUCCACAACAAAGGCCGCCUUCAACCACCCACACACAACUACGCCACUCUCAGCACAUCUAUAACAAGGCUGCUUCAACCACCACACUAACUACCCACUCUCAGCACAUCCACAACAAAGGCCGCCUUCAACCACCCACACACAACUACGCCGCUCUCAGCACAUCACAACAAAGGCCGCCUUCAACCACCCACACACAACUACGCCGCUCUCAGCACAUCCACAACAAAGGCCGCCUUCAACCACCCACACACAACUACGCCGCUCUCAGCACAUCCACAACAAAGGCCGCCUUCAACCACCCACACACAACUACGCCGCUCUCAGCACAUCCACAACAAAGGCCGCCUUCAACCACCCACACACAACUACGCCGCUCUCAGCACAUCCACAACAAAGGCCGCCUUCAACCACCCACACACAACUACGCCGCUCUCAGCACAUCCACAACAAAGGCCGCCUUCAACCACCCACACACAACUACGCCGCUCUCAGCACAUCCACAACAAAGGCCGCCUUCAACCACCCACACACAACUACGCCGCUCUCAGCACAUCCACAACAAAGGCCGCCUUCAACCACCCACACACAACCUUUCACAAACUGUAGCAGUUCUACAAACAUAUCCAGUGUCUGUAUAUACAGUAGAGGCUCAGAGGUUUGUACAGUACUCCAAGGCAGAUGCGACUCUCUCCUAUGAGCCUAGUACACCUCAGAGGUGUGCAACAUACAAGCCUAGUACACCUCAGAGGUGUGCAACCAUAGAGCGACGCUACUCACAGUUCCUGGCCGUCUACACGGCGCUCCUCUCCUCUCACAGGUCACUCAUGGAGGAAUUUGAUGGCUUUCCCAAGAAAGUUAUCAUCGGAAACUUCAGCAAGGAGGUGAUCUCAGAGCGCUGUAAGGGGCUGGCACGGUUCAUGAACUUUGUUCAGGACCAGGGCAUCCUCAGUCGUACUGCUGUGUUCUCCAAAUUCCUGUAUGACCCGGAGGUAAUGACCAGUAACAACCUCCUCCUCCACUCCCAGUUCGAAGAAGCCUGCCCUGUUCUGGAGAACACUUACAUUCUUCUGAACAGCCUACGCUGGGAUGCCGGGCUGACGUUACGAACCCUGUGUCAACUGAUCGUCAGCCUACAUGCUGUGGGUAACUCGAAGUCGUUCGCUCUCGCUCGAGUCGCUUUGCAGAAGUUUGAGUCGCCCAGCACCAAGAAGAUCGGAAGGGAACUGUACCUUCCGCUGCUAGUGUUCUGUGACGGGCUCUGGCGAAGGCUUGGGAAGGAUCGAACUUACAUAAAGAACAAAAUUGAACUUAUGCAUAAGCAUAGAAGACAGGACGAGGUUGUAUCAAACUUACUGGAUGUUGUCAGGGAUGAAAUUGCUCUUCGAACACUACAUUGAGUAUAGAUCUUGUUUACAUUAAGUUCUUUUAUUAAGCUCAUCUAUAUACCUGGAGUAUAUAUGGAAUAUACCUGGAGAAGGUUUCAGUUCUCUUGUAAACCUCCACUAUGUACAGUCACUUACAAAGCUCCACUAUAUACAGUCAGUUCUCUCAUAAAGCUUCACUAUAUACAGUCAGUUCUCUUAUAAAGCUCCACUAUAUACAUACAUUCAUUUCUCUUAUAAAGCCCAACUAUAUACAGUCAGUUCUCUCAUAAAGCUCCACAAUAUACAGUCAGUUCUCUUAUAAAGCUCCUCUAUAUACAGUCAGUUCUAUUAAAAAGCUCCACUAUAUAGAGGGACUUUCUUGCGAGUGCAGUUGAACAAGUUGAUGCAGGAUUGGCUAGCAGUACCGUGAAGGCUGUUCAAUUGUUAAUGAACCUUAUAAGUUGUGUUUAGUAGACUCACACUUUAUGGAAGAACUUUAUAAAGUCUGACUCUAUACAGAUAAGCUUUAUAAGCACUAACGAUGCAGUCAUAAAAAUGCUAGAUCUGCUUUACACAGCAUUGGAAAAUAAGGAAUAUCCACUAGGAAUUUUUAUUGACCUAAGAAAAGCUUUUGACACAGUAGACCACGACAUCCUACUCCACAAACUUGACCAUUAUGGUAUAAGAGGCCAUGCGCUUGCAUAUUUCAAAUCUUACCUUACUAAUAGGUAUCAGUAUGUUACCAUUAAAGACACAGCAUCAACAACACAGCCACUUGAUACUGGAGUUCCGCAGGGAAGUGUCCUUGGUCCCCUGCUCUUCCUCAUAUACAUCAAUGAUCUUCCAAACGUAUCUCAACACCUGAAGCCCAUUCUCUUUGCUGAUGACAUGACUUAUGUCAUCUCUCACCCUAAUCUUGCCACCCUCAACACCAUUGUUAAUGAGGAGCUGAUCAAAAUAUCGACUUGGAUGACAGCCAAUAAACUUAAGCUUAACACUGACAAAACCUACUAUAUUAUGUUUGGUAGCAGAGCAGAAGAUGCGCAAAUUAACAUUAAGAUCGACAACACUAAUUGCCAGGCAUAAUGAGGGCAAAU